CAUCAACCAGAAAAGCCCCAAACUUAAAAAAGCUAUUUCUCUCUUCUUUCUUUCUCUCUCAUUUUGGACUCACAGGUUUUCAGUUUCUUUCACUCUUUUUCUCUCUCUCUGUAAAUCGGACACAUCUAAGCAAAAAGUGUCCUUCUCUGCAAAAUUUUCCAAACCUCAGGGGGUUUUAAAGAAACUUGCAAUCGCCACUCCGAUUUCGUACGCAAUUUCAAGGAAAUUUAGGGUUUUGUGGCCAGAUUUCCCAUUACAUUCGAAGUUCAGUUCAUUUCGGAUAAGGUACUUCUUGCAAUCUUAGCCAUCAGAUUGGUCGAUCCGUGGGGGUUGGAGGGGGAAAUGGACGCUCGAGAUUCGUUAUCGCCAUCGACGGUCGCUUCUUCUGCUGCUUCUGUUACUGCUACUGCUGCUGCUGCGGCCGCCUCUGCUGCCGUUACCGUUUCUCCGAAUCGCGACGGUUCUUCCUCCGGCACCGAAGACGACGCAGUUUUGUCAGCCGCGGCGGCUCUUGCAAAGGACGCUGCCUUGCACUUCCAGUCCUCCAAGUUCGCCGACUGCGUCGAAGUCCUUAACCAGCUCUUGCUCAAGAAACAAGACGAUCCCAAAGUUAUUCAUAAUAUUGCAAUCGCUGAGUACUUUCGUGAUGGCUGUUCGGAUCCAAGGAAGUUGCUUGAAGUACUUAAUAAUGUCAAGAAGAGAAGUGAAGUGCUUGCUUGUGCAUCUGGAGAGCAGGUGGAGGCUGUUAGCAAUCUUGGGAACAAAGUUAUUUCUGGGUCUAAAGGAAGUAGUGCUGCAAAUAGUGCCAGUAUCGUUUAUACGGAUGAAUUUGACACUUCUGUGGCAAUCCUAAACAUUGCGGUUAUCUGGUUCCAUCUUCACGAAUAUGCAAAGGCAUUAUCAGUUUUGGGGCCUUUGUAUCAAAAUAUUGAACCAAUUGAUGAGACGACAGCUCUUCAUAUUUGCCUCUUGUUGCUAGACGUUGCGCUGGCGUGUCAUGAUGCUUCAAAAUCUGCUGAUGCAUUAAUUUAUGUGGAAAGAGCUUUUGGUGUAAGUUGCAUGAGUCAAGUUGACAAUGGAAGCAUGGCACAACAACAAUCUGCCAACCUAGUUGCAAAAUCUUCCUCUUUUCCUAGCAGCUCAUUGGCUACGGAUGCUUCUAAUUCAGAUUUAGCGUCUAGUGUGAUUGCCUCAGAAAAUCCUUUAAGAAGAACUUUAUCAGAUGACGCACUCGAAUAUGAAACUAUGCUAUCGAAACUGGAUAUUGGUGGACAGAAUGCAGUCAGGCCAGCUGGUCUCUCAUCUUCAAAUGAUCUGUCAAGGACCCCAGUUGAUAGGUCUUUUACCACUGUUGAUUUGAAGCUUAAGUUGCAGCUUUAUAAAGUUCGGUUUCUGCUUCUCACUAGGAACCUCAAGCAAGCAAAACGUGAAGUCAAGCAUGUUAUGAACAUUGCACGUGGGAAAGAUUCAUGCACUGCCCUCCUCCUCAAGUCACAGAUUGAAUAUGCACGUGGCAACCAUCGUAAAGCCAUCAAGCUGUUGGUGGCAUCCAAUAAUAGGACAGACACAGCAAUUUCAAGCAUUUUCAACAACAAUCUUGGGUGCAUUUAUUAUCAGCUUGGAAAAUACCAUACGUCAUCGAUAUUUUUUUCAAAGGCACUGACUGAUACAUCCUCUCUUCGGAAAGACAAGCCACUAAAGCUUUCAACUUUUGCACAGGAUAAUUCUCUUCAUAUAAUAUAUAACUGUGGUUUACAGUAUUUGGCCUGUGGGAAACCAAUACUUGCUGCUCGCUGUUUCCAGAAGGCCAGUUUGGUAUUCUACAACUGGCCUCUUUUAUGGCUCCGACUAGCUGAAUGCUGUCUGAUGGCUUUAGAGAAGGGUCUAGUGAAAACAAGUCGGCCUCCAUCAGAAAGAUCAGAAGUCAGAGUCCAUGUUGUUGGUGAGGGUAAAUGGAGGCAGCUUGUUACGGAAGAUGGGAUAUCAAGAAAUGGACUUGUGGAUUCUGUUGAAAUGGAUGAUUGUAUGCUAAGCAAUGAUGAGCAACCAAAGCUCUCAAUGUCCCUUGCUCGGCAGUGUCUCUAUAAUGCUCUGCACUUACUGAACUGCUCUGAUUCGACCCAUUCAAAGCCUGAUUUGCCCUCUAAUUUCUCGGAGGAAAAUGAAUCAAGUGAGGUGGCUUCUUCCAAGAACUCAAACCACAAGAACUUAAACAGCGUUGAAUCCAAAGCAUUUUCUGUAACAGUAGGCAUAGGUCAGGUUAAUGCAAAUGGGGAUGCAAGAGAACCAAAGGGAGGAACAAGUCAGGAGCUCAUACAGAACUCUCUUUCCCAUUAUGAAGGUAUUCGUAGAAAUGAAAAUCAGCUGAUCAAGCAAGCUGUUCUUGCUAACCUGGCUUAUGUAGAGUUGGAGCUGGAAAAUCCCAUGAAGGCCCUGUCAACCACAAGGUCUCUCUUGGAACUUCCAGAAUGUUCCAGAAUUUAUUUCUUUCUAGGUCAUGUGUAUGCGGCAGAGGCACUCUGCCUGUUAAAUAAGCCAAAGGAGGCUGCUGAGCAUUUGUCAAUUUAUUUGUCUGGGGGAAAUAACUUUGAAUUGCCAUUCAGCCAAGAGGACUGUGAGCAAUUGCAAGUGGAGAGGACCAUCGACAGUGAAGAGUUAAAUGGAGGAUUGGUGACUGCCAAGAAUUCUUCCCCUGAUGACUCACAAGGUAUUGUGUUCCUCAGUCCCGAAGAGGCAUGUGCAGCACUUUAUGCAAACUUUGCUGCGGCGUCUGCAAUGCAAGGCGAGCUUGAGCAGGCCUACAAUUUUGCGACUCUGGCACUAUCCAUAUUACCCAACAGUCCAGAAGCCACUUUGACUACAAUCUAUGUGGAUCUAAUGCUCGGUAAGUCAAGAGAAGCUCUUGCCAAGUUAAAGCAGUGUAGUCGCGUUAGGUUCCUCCCCAGUGGCAUAACAGUCAAUAAAUCUUCUUGAUGAUUGUACUGGUGGUUCUUAAUUCGUUAUGUCCAGCCCUCUCUCAGCAUUAGUUAGCGGGUAGAUCAGCAAUCCUUCAAGAGGAUUUGUAACAUAUAUAUAGUUCAAUUCAGGGAAUAAAUUUUUCUGUUCUUUUUUCCUUAUAAUUUUUCACAUCUAGGGUUCAUUACUUGGUGGUGGCUGUGUUUUGGUUAGUGCGGAUUCCCACCUUUCAGAUUUGAGUUUUAGUUCGAUUCAGAUUAUUGUGUUUCAGUGGCUAAUUCUGUUGGUAUUAAAGAAUAUAGAGCAUGUGCUUCUCACGAAAGGACUAAAAUGAUUCAUUUUGGAUUUGAAUUCCAAGUCAUAUUUUCAUAUCAA